AUAAUCACACAAUCUUAAUCACUCCUUCCAUCUCAAAAACACUUUCAUGUUGAGGAUUAAGAUGAAUGAUUGAUGUUAUUUUUAUUUCAAUUGUUAAAAUAAUUUGCAUAAAGUUAAAAAAAUCAGCUUUAUUUAUUUAAAAUCUACGUCAAGAAUUUUAUUCUAUCUGUCCAGAAAUUUCAUUUUGAUUUUCUUGGUCAAGUUUUUUUUAACUUUGUUUUUUAAACUUAGACCACAAAAGAGUGAAAAAAUAUACUCCCUCCGUCCCAGAAAGAAUGUCACGUUACUAUUCUGCCAUCUCGAUAACUUUUGUUUGUUUACUCAUUUUGGUUGACCAUUUGAUAAAAUAAAAUAUUCUUGUCGCAUCUUGUUUUGUAGAGCUUUUCAUAUACUUUUAAAUGGUGUAAUUUUUACUUUUUAUUACUCUACCAAUUUUAAAUUAAAGUGAUUUUAAAAGAGAUGAUAUUUUACACGUCGUUUGAAGUGUUGCAAAUAAAUUGAGACGGAGGGAGUAUUGAAUUGUCAUAUAAAUUUAAUACCAAUAGAUUUAUAUUGAAGCAUAAUUUUGAAAUCUUAUAUUUUUGUGAUAUAUUUUUAUAUAUAAAUAGAUAUUAAUGUUCAAAAUGUUGUAUCAAAGAUUGUGAAAAGUCAAUUUGGAUGAAAAUUUAUGGACGAAUGGAGUACAAAACAAGAAGAGACAAGAUUAUAAUUUUUUAUCCAAUAAAAAAUGAAAAUUAAAAAAAAUGGAUUAUAUUUUACAUGUGAAUAAUGAACUUGAAAAAGGAUGAAUUUCAUCCCAAGGGUCGCUUUAGAAUCGGCUAGACUAACUUAGGAGAGAUAAAUUGAGCUUAAAUCAUAAAUUUGCGAGCGAAUAAUGAAACUUGCACAAGAUGCUUGCAAACAAUGAACUUGAAAAAAAAGCCUAAAAACCUCAUCCCUAAGGGCUCCUCAUAAACGAUAAAGAGGCAAGCAUGCACCCAUACUAGUAAAGAUCUUAUGUUUACAAUAGUUGUCUUUCAACUGUAGUUGUCAAGGAUCUAACUCGGAUAUUACUCCCUUGACAUCCCUUAUCUUGUCAACGUUAUGUUCUUGCAGGCCGACCCCAAUCACCUGGACACUGCUUUGACUUGGUCUUGCCCCUGUGAUUUGGCAUUUGAUUCUGACACACAUCCGUUGCGUUGUGACUUCAAGCCUCCAAUUUUGGUGAGCUUGCUUUUCAGUUUCUUGUCUCUGGUCCCUGCUAUGGGGAUUUCAUAGGCCAAUCCGUGUAGCUUGUGGACUUUAGGCUUGACUCAAUUUGUGUAUUGUAUGCUCCAACCACGGUGGAAUUGCUUAGACUUGUGCAUGUGUUUUAGACCGUGUACUUUGAGUUGUGUUCUGGAUGUUGUGCAGCGGUGUCCCUAGGUUACGGCCUCGACAAAUGGUUUUGGCUCUGGGAUUUGGUUCAUAUUAUUUGGCUUUGCACAUGGUGUUUGAAAUUAGCAUUUGAUUCUGCUUGAUCCGUGUUUGCUCGUGUGCUUUGAUUGGUCUGCCUCUGGACACUUAACUUUGACAAUUUGUAUUUUUGUUGUUGUUUGGUUUUGGACAUUGUGUUUAUGCUUUGGUCACUAUAUUUUGAUUUUGGACAUUAUAUUUAUGUUUGGUCUUGGAAUGCAUGCAAGGGUGGAGUCAAAUGGGAGCAAAUGACUGCAAUUGCAGUCACUCUACUUUGGGUACCAAUGUAUACAUACAUACAUACACAGCUACCAGUUUGUGCCUAGAGCUCCUAGCUAUCACUUUCAAUGAGCCCUAACACUCUCCUUAUCCAUUUUUGGCCAAUGAUGCCAAUUUAUAACUUGAUCAAAGCUUUGAGAGGAUUCCCAAUUGAUGUAUUGAUCUGGAAAUUCUAUUGGAAGAAUACAUAUAUAUAUAUAUAUAUAUAUAUAAAUACAAGAAUGAGGUCUUUCUUCUUUUGCUUUGCUGUCUCCGUUUGUCACUUUCUCUCCAUUCUCCCGCCCGCCGAGCCGGACCUCGCCUCCGACCGCGCCGCCCUCUUGGCUCUUCGCUCUGCUGUCGGCGGCCGCUCGCUCCUAUGGAACCUUUCCGAUUCCAGCCCCUGUUCUUGGCCGGGCGUCCAGUGCUCCUCCGGCCGGGAUUUCGUCGCCGAGCUCCACCUCCCCGGGAUGGGUCUUUCCGGCGCCAUUCCUCCCGGGACGAUUGGGAACCUCACGCGCCUCCGCACGCUGAGUCUGCGCUACAAUGCGCUCUCGGGUCACCUCCCUUCCGGCCUCUUCUCCUCUCUCCGGGAUCUCCGGAAACUCUACCUCCAGCACAACUUCUUUUCCGGCGACAUUCCCGCGGAUAUCUUCUCCUUGCCCAACCUCGUCCGCCUCAAUCUCGCCCACAACAACUUCUCCGGUUCGAUUCCCCCUUCCAUCAACAAGCUCACGCGUUUGUCCACUCUGUACCUGGAGGAGAAUCACUUCUCCGGCGAGAUUCCGGACCUGAAUAUUCUCGGAUUGGCCCAAAUCAACGUCUCUAGCAACCAGCUGACCGGGCAGAUCCCGGCAAAGCUCUCGGCUCGGCCCAAGACGGCGUUUCAGGGAAACUCUCUCUGCGGAAAACCGCUCGAUGCCUGCAAAGGGCAGCCGGAGAAGAGCAAAACGAAGCUCUCCGGCGGGGCAAUUGCCGGCAUCGUAAUUGGCGCCGUGUUCGGGCUGAUUUUAAUUCUUCUUCUGUUGCUCUGUUUGUGCCGGAAGAGGGGCGAAAGAGAAGUCAGAUCCACCGACGCUGUGGGAAUCAAGCAGACAGAGAUCGAAAUUCCACCGGGGGAGAAGGAGACGGCGUCGGGCGGGGUAGCAGCCGCAAAAGAGAUCGAGGAGGCAUCGAAACCUCCGGCGAAAGGCCGGGGAGGAGCAAAGAACUUGGUGUUCUUUGAGAGGACGGGAGGAGAAGGGAGGGAAUACGACAUGGAUGAUCUCCUGAAAGCAUCUGCAGAAGUGCUGGGAAAGGGCACAUUCGGAACAGCUUACAAAGCGGUUCUGGAGGCGGGGAUCACGUUGGUGGUGAAGAGACUGAGGGAGGUGACGGUGCCGGAGAAAGAGUUCCGGGAGAAGAUUGAAGGGGUGGGGAAGAUGAACCACCCCAAUCUGGUGCCCCUCAGGGCCUACCAUUACAGCCAAGAUGAAAAGCUUCUGGUCUAUGAUUAUGUCCCUAUGGGAAGCUUAUCUGCACUUUUACAUGGCAAUAGAGGAGGAGGAAGGACACCAUUGAACUGGGAAACUAGGACUUCAAUAGCCCUAGGGGCCGCUAAGGGCAUCUCCUACCUCCAUUCCCAAGGCCACUCCAUUUCACAUGGCAACAUUAAGUCAUCAAACAUCCUCCUCACCAAAUCCUACGAGCCCCGCGUUUCCGACUUCGGUCUCGCCCAGCUCGUCGGCCCGUCAGCGAGCCCCACGCGGGUCGACGGGUACCGGGCGCCCGAAGUGACCGACCCGCGAAGAGCAUCCCACGCCGCGGACGUGUACGGCUUCGGGGUUCUCUUGUUGGAACUGCUGACGGGCAAGUCGCCGGCGACCCAUUCCUCGACGGGAGACGAAGGGGUCGACCUCCCGAGGUGGGUCCAGUCGGUCGUGCGCGAGGAAUGGACGUCCGAGGUGUUUGAUGUCCAGCUCCUCAGGUACAUGAACGGCAGCAACGAGGAGGAUAUGGUUCAGCUGUUGCAGCUCGCCGUUAACUGCACGGCGCAGUACCCGGACAAGCGCCCAUUAAUGACCGAAGUUACCGCCCGGAUCGAGGACCUCGUUUCGGGUUCCAGUUCAAAGGACCACACCACUGAUGACAACGAAGAUCAGAUACACAAUGAUAUGUGAUUAGUUCAAAAGCUAGCUAGCUUUGUGUUUGCUUUUUUUUUUCUUCUCUCAAUUUUAUUCAAUUUCGUGUUCACAUUCUUAAUUGAUUUGGUGGUUGUAUACGUGAAUGGCUGGCUAUAAGCUAAUUAUUGAUUGCUCUGUUUUUCUGAGUAAUUAAUUUUUCGUUGUGUGAGAUGUACGAUAUAUAAAUACAACGUUCAGAUUUCU